UGAGGUCACAGUUAAUGAAUGUAAACAAAGUCAUCUGUUUGCCCACAGAUAGGAGCUUAAUUACACUGAUACAGUCAAGGCCCUUACAGAACAUGAACAAAGUCCAGUGGGCUUGAGAGAAAGAUGGCACUUCUUUUGUUCACCAUUUUUGCACUACUCCUGCCUAUUACACUGGGUCAGAUCCCUCCCUCGGGAUCUUUAGUCAAUAACCUGGUGGGUGGUUCUACUCCGUGUGAUUGUCAAGCCAUGGAAAGUAAAAACAAGUUCCUUCAGACCUCCCUGACCAACCUGCAGACUGCCAUGCAGCUGGUCGCGGAGAAGUAUAAUCUUGUGAUCACUGAGCUUUCCCAGUGCAAGGUGAAUGCUGCCAAAAACCUAUCCCAGGGAGUGACAGCAUUUACAUGUCCUGGAGGGUUCAUCGAUAACAAAGCUUUGAAGUCUUGCUACAAAUUUGUUGGCUUGCCAGAGAAAGCUUGGAAUGAAGCAGACAGAGAAUGUGGAGAGUAUGGUGCAAGACUUGUUGCCAUAGAAACAAAAGCAGAAAAUGACUUUUUAAGGACAACAAUAGAACAAGACAGUGAUUUGAGAAGGAGGGACUUUUGGACUUCGGCACAUGAUGUUGGGAGGGAAGGAAGAUUCAUGUGGAUGUCCACUGGUAAGAGACUGGAGUACACCAAGUGGGACUCCAAAAACCCAGAUAAUGGCAGGAAGUCUGGAAAUGAAGAAGACUGUGUGCUUCUAGAUCAUGGUGAAGAUUUCUACUGGAAUGACGUGGAAUGUCAUAGAACCAGGGGAUACAUUUGUGAAAUGAACUAUUGAGGAUGAUAGAUUCAAGAAGUUAGAAUUUCUCUGAAUUUAACCCAUAAAAUGCAGUACACAAUGUUAGAACUUGAUAAAAUACAUGGUAGCUCAACAUAUCCAUGAGAAACUAGAUACUACUAGUAAAAAGUAUGGACAUUAAAAGUGUUAUAUAAAUAUUAGUUUAAAAGAAUGAGAUACAUGUAUUUGCCUCCCUCAUUUUCUAUACUUACAACAUAUAUUUUUCAUUUUAAGAAAUCUAUGUUAGUGAGAUUGUAACAGAUCCAAGAUCAAUUCAAAAGAAUUUUAAUAUAUGGUGUUAUUUUAUGUUGAAUGAUAUAUUUGUUUCCACUCAAUAAUUUAUACAAUGUUUUAUUACACAUUUAAAUUUUAAAUGAGAAAUAUACUAAACUGUGCAGAGACACCAGUCAUCUUAUGCAUUACUACAGUAAAUAUAAUUACAAACAUGUUAUGAAAUUGGGAAUAAAGCCCUGACUACAUUAAGGGCAUAGCAGUAUAGUGGAAAUAACCGAAAAUGGGCUUAGUCACUCACUGAUUCAUUAAAUAUAUUUAAUAUCAUAUAAUAUCUUCAGUAAAGCAUCUUAUAUGUUUUAACUUCAAUUUAAAAUAAUGCUUUGGUUGUCAACUCUUGGAUUUGUAAUAUUUUGAAAUG